AGACAAGAAAGAUGAUUCUGACUUCAACAACCUAACAUCAAGACUCCAAUUCUUUAGCAUAAGCGUCAAAACAAACUUUAGAAGUCAGAUUAAUAUUACAUGAAAUUUUAUUCUAAUCGAGCGGAUUCAAUGGACAACGAUUCUUUUAUCAGGAAGUCGGAACUCGAGAUCGGUUCAGAAGUCUACCUUCUCUCCAAACGAAUCCCCUCUCAAGAACAAGAAGUUACAAUAGAUGUUUCUCAUAUGACAUUGGAGGAUGAGCUCAGCGAGGAAGAGGAUCAGAAAGAUUCAAGUAGAGAGGAUUUUGAUGCGAGUCUUGAGAAUCAUAAACUGUCUAGGGAGCAAAGAGAGCAUAUUCGAGCGAUAAAUGUGAAGAGAAAGAGAGACUUUGUUUGCUUGGAGAAAGUUAAUGGGGAGAUUGUUAACAUACUAGAGGGACUCGAAUUGCAUACCGAAGUUUUUAACGCAGCGGAACAGAAAAGGAUAGUUGAUAAAGUGUGUGAAUUGCAAGAGAAGGGACAAAAAGGAGAACUAAAGCGUGCUUUUACUGCUCAAGGCAAAGGACGUUCAACUAUUCAAUUCGGCUGUUGUUUCAACUACCGUAAAAGCAAAGUUGGAAACCCGGCGGGGAUUCUUAAACAUGAAACAGUUGAUCCAUUGCCUCAUCUUUUCAAGGUGAUCAUUAGAAGGUUGGUUAAAUGGCAUGUUCUGCCUCCAACUUGUGUUCCUGAUUGUUGUGUAGUCAACAUUUAUGAUGAAGGUGAUUGCAUACCUCCUCAUUUUGACAAUCACGACUUCCUCCGCCCGUUCUGUACCGUUUCUUUCCUUAGUGAAUGCAAUAUUCGCUUCGGAUCAAACCUUAAAGUUGAGGAAACCGGUGAAUAUUCGGGUGGUUCAUACUCGCUACCGCUUCCUGUUGGAUCAGUGCUUGUGUUAAACGGGAAUGGAGCUGAUGUAGCUAAGCAUUGUAUACCUGAAGUUCCCAGGAAAAGAAUGUCAAUCACAUUUAGAAAAAUGGAUGAGUCAAAAUGGCCAGUCUGGUACACACCAGAACCUUAUUUGCAAGGGAUUCAGCCAUUGCCCUACAAGCUGAAAUCUUCUGGUUCCUCUAAAUCUAAUCAUCAACUACUACAAUCGCAGUCUCCUAAUCACUCCGGUCAGCUCUUCGGCUUCCUCGCAUUCUUCAUCUCUGGUGGAGUCCUCCUUUUACUCACCGGAAUCACCGUCACCGCUUUCGUCCUUGGAUUCAUUGCUUUUCUCCCACUCAUCAUCAUCACAAGCCCUAUUUGGAUCCCUUUGUUCCUUAUCGUUACCGGAUUCUUGUCCCUCGCCGGAUCCAUCUUCGCUACGGGGGCUGUUGUAUCGUGGUUGUAUCGAUAUUUUAAAGGCAUGCAUCCACUCGGGUCGGAUCAGGUGGAUUAUGCUCGGAGUCGAAUCCAUGACACUGCGGCUCAUGUCAAAGAUUAUGCUGGUGGGUACUUUCAUAGUACGCUGAAAGAUGCAGCACCUGGUGCAUGAAGGUUUAACCGAUAUGGUUUGGUCUCAUGUAGAAAUUACACGUUUUUUGUUUUGUUUUUCCCCUUAAUUAGUGUUGUGUUUUUUCCUCUCUCUCUUGGUAUAUAUGAUCAAUAACAAUAAUAUAUGAAAUGUGGUCUG